ACGUGCGCGGACUGAGUGCGCAGUGGCUUCAAUGGAGACAUGUAGAAGAGCAAAACAGUCGGCUACGAAUAUUGUUUAAUUGUUUAAAUACCAAAAUGUCAGUGCUUAUUAGAUUGAGCAGACGAAAUGGGUUUGCGGUGCCAUCGAAAUUACAGAGUGUCGCGUAUUCUCUACCGUCUACUCCACUGCCAAUCCAAGAAGAUGGCAUGAUUGGUGAAUUUCGUGUCUUGAGGUUCAUCCCCAAGAAAUCUGAUGACAAAAGAAAGAAAAUAGAGAGGCCAAAAGUGCCUCCUCCUCGGGCAGAUCAGAUGGCAACAGACCAAGACUGGCCCUCAGUCUGGCCAGGUCCCAAGACCUUCCACCCCGCCUCAGUGCCCCUUCCCAUCCGUCAGGGUUACCCGAAGAGGAACGAAGCACCUCCUGGUAAAUUUGGCAAUACCGAGCUCAUGAAGAUCCCGAAUUUUCUUCAUCUGACUCCGCCAGCCAUCAAGAGACACUGCGAGGCGAUCAAGCAGUUCUGCACAGAGUGGCCAGCGGGCCUGGAGGAUGACGAGAAGUGUGAGAAGCAUUUUCCACUCGAAGUUAUCACAUCCGACUACUGUUACUCGUCUCCUUCCAUCAGAGAUCCUCUAGCUCGGGUCGUUAGUUUAAGAGUGAAAAUGUCAUCUCUGGAGCUGGACGAGCAUGCCAAAGAUAAAUUAUUGAGGCUAUUGGGGCCCCGGUACGAUGCCAAGAGCGAUAUUAUUUCAAUCGUUGCUGACCGGUGUCCUACGAGAAAGCAAAAUCUUGAGUAUGCUGAUUACCUGCUCACUGCAGUCUAUCAUGAAGCUUGGCGCAUGGAGCCCUGGGAGGUUGAGAAACAAGUGGUUGACAUGGAGUAUUACGACUGGGACAGAAACAAAAGUCGCGAAACACUGGUGGCAAUUUACUCGUGGCCCAACGACCCUCCAGAGGAUUUCAAUCACGACACAAUUCCUAACGUCACUGAGUAUAAAGUUGCGGUGACUGAUUUAAUCAACACUGGAGAGGAUCAGUUUUCUGUUAAUAAGUACAGGGAGGCAGUUAAGAAUUUAUUACACCUGAAGAAGAACGUUGUAGAGAAUUAAAUUUAUUGACAAAACAA